AUGCUCAAGAAGUACAAUGUCAUGCAUAAGGUUUCAACACCUUAUCAUCCUCAAACAAGUGGCCAAGCAAAGGUUUCUAAUAAGGAAAUCAAGCAGAUUUUGGAGAAGACGGUUGGACCCACUCGGAAGGAUUGGAGCUUACGUUUGAAUGAUGCAUUGUGGGCGUAUCAUACAGCCUACACAACACCAAUUGGGAUGUCACCAUUUUGGCUCAUCUAUGGGAAACCAUAUCAUCUUCAUGUUGAGUUAGAGCAUCGUGCACAUUGGGUAGUCAAGACAUUCAAUAUGGACAUUGAUGCCGCUGGAAUUCAUAGGAAGCUUCAAUUGAACGAGCUUGAAGAGAUUCGGAAUGAGGCUUAUGAAAACGUUCACAUUUACAAGGAGAAAACAAAGGCAGCCCAUGACAAGAUGAUUUAUGGCAAGACAUUCUCUAUAAGGCAGAAAGUGUUACUCUUCAACUCCCACCUUCGUUUGUUUCCGGGUAAGUUGCAUUCUAAAUGGAUUGGCCCUUUUGUUGUUACUAUGUUUUUCAUUAUGGUGCAGUCCAAAUUCAAAGUCAAUGGACACCGUUUGAAGCCCUACUAUGAGACUUUUGAGGAGCAUGUCAUGGAGGAUAUACCCCUCCAUGCCAUUGGCCCUAUUGAAGCUUAA